AUGAAAAAUUACGAUGAGAAUUUAAAAUAUAUGGUUAGUUAUUUACAAAAUGAAGAAAAGUUAGGUGAUGAGGAGGAAAAAAGUAUAGAAAAAAAAAAUGGGAAAAAAAAUAAAAUAAUAGAUAAUGAACAUAUAAAAGAUACAAAGAGAACAGGUUUUAUACAAUAUCCAUAUUAUCUAGACAAAAAAAAAGAAAGAGCAUAUACAUUAGGUGCUAUCAAUGGUAUAGGAGAUAUUGAUUUAUUAAAAGCUCCUUUAAUGAAUCCUUUGAACCCAGAAGUUGUCCCCCCUAUAUUACAAUUACCUGCUUCAACGAAUUUAAUAAAAAAUGUUCAUUUGAAAGUCCAGCGUAAUAUAAAUUUGGAUAAAUCUUAUAAGUAUAGGAAACAAAACAGUAAUAAGGAUAUCAUAAAUGAUAUUAAGCCUUUAUAUUCAUUACCUGAAAAGGUAAUGUCAUAUUGUAUGAAUGUAAAUGUAAAUGCUGAUUAUAAGGAGAAUAAUGAUAAUAAUAAUAAUGAUAAUGAUAAUGAGAAUAAUAAUAAUAAUAAUAAUAAUUAUAUGGAUGAUUGUCAUAGAAGGGUGAAAGAAGAAUUAAUUAAAAAUUACAAGGAACAUGUCUUAAAUGAAAAAAAUUAUAUAAAUACAAAAGGUGAAUUCAAUUUGGAUUAUAUGACUACAUCAGGUAAUACAUUUAUAUCUAAAAAUAAUGUUGAGAUAUUACCAAGCGAAAACCAUGACGAGAUAUUAUUAAAGAAGGAUUUAUCAUCGAACGAAGAAAUAAUUAAUAUUUCAAAUGAAAAAAAAGAAAAUGAUAAAUUUGAUGAACUAAACAAUAUAUAUAUUAAAAAAAAUAUAUAUACAAAGGAAUAUAAUAAUAAUAUGACUAUCCAUAAAAAUGCGGAGAAAAUAAAUUCACAUAAUACAAAAUUAAUUGAACAAAUAAAGGAGGAAACUAAUGAAUAUAAUAUAUUUUGUAAAAAUCGCAAUCUUAUAAGAAAAAAUAUUUGUACAGAUAAUACAAAUAUUUUAAAAAAUAACAAUCCACAGGAAAUGAAAGACAUAAACCAAAUUAAUGAACAACUUAAAAUAUUCGAGCAAAAUCAAAUAAUGUCACCAAGUUUAAAAAAUGCACUUAAAAUGUUGGCGAAUGAUAUUUAUGUAUAG